AGGUUUUCUGCAGGUUUCUCUUUAAAGCAUUGAGUUUUAUCUUUUUUGUGCCUAUAAAUAUAGGCCAAAUACUUCACAACACUUACCAGAGUUGCACACUUUUAAAGCGUAAGAUAUAAACCAAAAACACCCUAAAAAAGAAAAAACACGAAAAAAAUAAUGGAGAAAUUCCCAAUUGUUGAUAUGGAAAAACUCAAUGGUGAUGAGAGAAAUGUUGUUAUGGAGAAAAUCAAAGAUGCUUGUGAGAAUUGGGGCUUUUUCGAGGUGGUAAACCAUCCCAUAUCAACUGAAUUAUUGGACACUGUAGAAAAGAUGACAAAAGAUCAUUACAAGAAGUGCAUGGAACAAAAGUUUAAGGAGAUGGUGGCACUUAAAGGUUUAGAAAAUGCUCAGUCUGAAAUCAAUGACAUAGACUGGGAAAGUACCUUCUUCCUUCGCCAUCGUCCUACCUCUAACAUCGCCGAUAUCCCUGAUCUUGACGAUGAAUACAGGAAGGUGAUGAAGGAAUUUGCAGGAGAAAUAGAGAAGCUAGCAGAGCAACUCUUAGAUAUACUUUGUGAGAACCUUGGGCUAGAAAAAGGGUAUUUGAAGAAAGCCUUUGUUGGAGCCAAUGGGCCCACUUUUGGGACAAAGGUUAGCAACUAUCCAGCAUGUCCUAAACCAAACCUUAUUAAGGGUCUUAGGGCCCACACUGAUGCCGGUGGGAUCAUCCUCCUCUUCCAAGAUGAUAAAGUUAGUGGGUUGCAGCUCCUCAAAGAUGAUCAGUGGGUUGAUGUUCCACCUAUGAAACACUCUAUUGUCAUCAACCUGGGAGACCAACUUGAGGUUAUAACAAAUGGAAAGUACAAGAGUAUAAUGCAUCGGGUAAUAGCACAAACGGACGGUAACAGGAUGUCAAUAGCCUCAUUCUACAACCCCGGUAGCGACGCCGUGAUCUACCCGGCACCGGAGUUGCUCGAAAAACAAGAAGAGAAGAACCCGGCCUACCCGAAAUUCGUGUUUGAGGACUACAUGAAGUUGUAUGCUGGGCUUAAGUUCCAAGAGAAAGAGCCAAGAUUUGAAGCCAUGAAGGCAAUGGAAAGCACACUCAAUUUGGGACCAAUAGCAACUGCUUAAUUAAUACUUCUACUAUUAUAUUUUAAUUAACCAACCAUUUAGUGUGUGUUUAAACCUUUAUUUAUCCUUUCUUAAUUAAGUAAUGUGUUUACUUAAAGGGUGAAGUUAACUUGUUUUAGAGUUUGUUGGGUGUAAUUAGGUGUUUGGAAUAAUCUAUGAGAUUUUCAUUGUGUGUGUUAUGUGUUUGUUUAUUGUAAGAACUUAAAAAGUUUAUGCCUUUUCAAUGAUAACAUAUAUUGUACUA